AUUUCCUCAUCAGAAGCAAGUGGCACCACAAAGAAAAAGGCAAAGUCACGCCAUCAACAAGAGCAACUACAACAAGCGGGAGUACAAAACGGUGUCAAGAAGUCGGGAAACAACAGUACAUUAUCUACUAAAAAGUCAAAAAGCAGUGCAAGUGACAGCUCGUUGCUGACAGAGGAGCUCAACACUCUCAUUCGUUGGGUUCAGUCGGCGUUGGUGGGCAUUGAACUAAGAGAAAAACUUGACAUCCCAACUCUUGUGGAACUCCUUACAACUAUUGAUGCACCUUACGAAGUAGAAAGCAUGCUGGUCGCUUAUCUCGGCAGCUCUCCUCGUUCAGAGCAGUUUGUACGAGAGUUCCUAGAUCGUCGUCACACCUGCUGGCAGUUGCAUCGGAAACGUGUGGAGGAAAUGCAAAGUGAUUCAAAAUUGAAAAAGGGCCAUAAUGAUCAACAACCGUCAUCGGCUCCUGCAAAUAAUGAGGGCACUGUGUACUCAGUAAACACCUAUUCGGAAGCUAAUGACACGCACCCGGAGAGUGUGGUAUGUUAUCCAGAUUUUGAGGGCUUGGCUCUUGUUAUUCUGCAAUUGUAG